AUGAGUUGUCGUCGCGGGUGUGCUCAGUCGUACGGCCACGGGCCAGUAGCGGUUGAUGUCGUCGAGUUCGACAAUCGAAAAGAGAGUACCGGCGCGUCGAAAGAGAGGGGCACGGGAUCCGGUGGAAAAGAAGGCGUGACGUUACGACGCAGAAACUUGUUGUCAAAGGAGCGGUUGUUCACGACGGAACUCAAAGGAAAGGAUUCGGACAAUUGUCGACGAGAGCUCAACACCGCAGGUGCGAGGGAAGAGAACGAGGUCGACGAAAGAUCGAGGAGAGGCUUCGAAUCGCAAGAGGGCCGUCCGGAGGGGAUGGGCGUAAAUAGGCUUCGUCGUGGUCGCGGGAAUGGGGAAUGCGGCGUGGUCGAGCGUUGGCAGGAGCCCCUGGGCAGCCGGGAGGAAUGGAGCGUGGUGUGCUGGUUCGCGUUGGCAGGAAGGAGGGGAUUCAAACAAUGGCCACGGGCAGAAAGCCUCGAACUCGCUCUCGUGCCAGACGGUGUUGCGAGGUCUGGAAUGACAGCAAAACGUGAAAAAAGCACGGGGGGAAACAAGCGCGAAUGCAGCAAACGAGAAGGCAGGAGAGGAGGAGUAGAGCAGCGAGACAGACGGAGAGACAGACGAGACACCGAGCGAGCGGAGUGGCAGAGGCGAGACAAGCGGCCUACAGCCCAUGCCCAUGCCCAUGCCCUUGCGCGCCGUUUGCCCACCCAAGCCUCAGCAGAGCGCGAGACAAGCCCAGGCCAGGGUGAGCACAGGGGGUACGAGCCAGUAGGCAGGCUCAGAGAGAAGCCAGACAGGGCUGGGCGACCAUGCCUCGCACCGUUUAGCAGCAGGGCUAAGCUUCCAGGUCCCCUCGUCGUCAUCCGUGCCCGCGCUGGCUACGACUUCGCAGGCUAA